AUGGUGAAAGAAGGAAUUGUCCUUGGACAUAAGAUCUCCAAGAACGGAUUGGAAGUUGACCAAGCCAAAGUAGAAGCUAUAGCCAAGAUGCCACCCCCUGUAAAUGUUAAAAAUCUCAUAUCUUUUCUUGGGCAUGUUGGCUUCUAUAGAAGGUUUAUCAAAGAUUUUUCCAAAGUGGCUAUACCUCUUUGCCAAUUGUUGGAGAAAGAUAUCAAAUUUGAAUUCAGUCCUGAAUGCCUGAAUGCUUUUGAAGCUUUGAAGACUCUCAGAUACUUGUUUGCUAAGAAAGAAGCAAAGCCUCGUUUAAUUAGAUGGAUCUUGCUACUGCAAGAAUUCAAUCUGGAAGUCAAAGAAAGAAAAGGUUGUGAGAACCAUAUUACAUAUCAUCUUUCCAGAUUGGAACAUACUGAAGCUGGCAUGCUUAUCAAGGCGACGUUCCCUGAUGAACAAUUAUUUGUCAUCCAUGAAAAAAAUGUUCUUUGA